GUCCACUGACAUCUUUGGGAGGAAUUGACACGAUUGGAUUUGUAAAUUCUAAAUAUAAUAACGAUCCUGAUUGGCCAGAUAUUGAAUUAUUAUGGCUUUCUUUAUCACCCGCAUCUGAUAAUGGAACAGUUUUAAGACGUGUGUUCAACCUAAACGAAGAAGUAUGGAAGACAAUGUUCGAACCCUUUACAUCGAUUGACACAAUAUCAUGUUUUCCAUAUCCUACACGUCCGAAAAGUAGAGGAUUGGUUACCAUCAGAUCUAACGAUACCCAUGACGAUCCUCUCAUCGAUUUCAAUUUUUUUUCGAAUCCUUACGACUUAAAAAUUGCUGUUGAAGGAUUGAAAUACUGCCUGAAAAUGGCAUCAACGGAAGCAAUGAGAAAAUUUGGAGUAUAUCCGCUUCCAGUCAGUGUCCCCGGCUGCGAACAUUACAAGAGAUUCAGUGACGAAUAUCUCGCUUGUGUAGCAACAACACUUCCAUUUACAAUAUACCAUUACUGUGGAACGUGUAAAAUGGGAAGUGAUACUAAUCCCACAACUGUGGUUGGUCCAACGCUCAAAGUUAAAGGUGUAGAAAGACUAAGAGUAGCAGACGCUUCGAUAAUGCCAUUUGUGGUAACGGGACAGCUAAACAUUCCAACUUACAUGAUUGGGGAGAAGGCUGCUGAUAUGAUUCUCUAUGAUCUACUCCAUAAACACAAAUAA